AUGAGCAAAGAUAUUGAGCCGUACUCUGGCUAUCACGCCCUUGUCUCCUACAUAAAAGAUAACAAGCAGUGUUCCUACACUGAAUUUUUAAAUCUUAAGCGCAAUGUCGUUCUUUUAUCACCACCUUUUUCAAAUGAAUGGGGUGUUCAUGACCUCAUUUGGGCCCGCAGAUUUUUAAAGGAAUCGAAAGAAGCAAACAAAUUGAAGGAACGUGACUAUGCAGCUUUGGAAGAGGAGGUGAUGUGUUCGUGUAUUUGGCAAUACAGUAUAGGGAGCUUCUGUCUAUUCUUGUCUGGAUUAGAAGUAUUGGUUCUUGUCCCAGCCCGAGUAAUGGUAGCGGCAACUCCGCCUAUUCUUGUCUGGGUAAAAAAACAACGUAAAAACAAGCGUUUGCAGAACUACUGGGAAACGAUAAUCUACGAGCGGGAAAAGAUGGGAGCACAGCGAGCACAUCUCAUUGGUAGUAUGAAAAUAUACAACAAAGUGGCAGAACAUAACGCUGAAACAUUGGCCUUUGAAGACUAUUCCAAUAUCGUUCCUUCUCAAAGUGGACAUCUUGAAACAAUCAGAGAUGAAGAAAACAACACAUUUGGAAAUGAUGAGAAGGAUAAGGCCGAGUCCAAGUACUCCGAGGAACCUGAUAUCGAUGAUGUAUCUGAGGACGAGAAUUUUGGUUGUAAUGCCUUUCGUAAAGCACACGAGUCUAUUCUUGACUCUUCAAAAAUGCGGUUGCACACAGGAAAGGUAGUAGAAGACAUCCUAUUUGAUUUUUGUAAAGACAUGGAAUAUGAGCACCAUGCUCACUCAUACAUUAUAGAUUAUGACGAUGCGGAAAUUAAGGCGUUAUUUACUGAAACUGAAUGGCAAGAAUUGACCGUUGACCGAUUAGGAAUUCCCUCAAUUCCAGAUGAUAUUGCAAAGGAAUUGUCGAGAUAUGGAAAGAAGACAUUAGAAGAAUUGUGCAAAGUUUCGAUGACAUCUUAUCUUCGAGAUAAUGCUAAAUACAACGUCCAUCAACAUUAUGACAAUGAAUGGAUACAGAUUUCUGUAAGAAAUCUUGUAAAUUUAUACGAAAAUACAGAUUGCCCUCUAACGAGAUAUCAUUAUGAGGGCUGGUACACUGUAGCACUUUUUGGAAGUUGUAUAGAUUUCUGUUUUAGGGAUAUGCGAUUAGGAACUGAUAUAAAGAGAACCAAUGCACCUUCAUUAGCUUCUGCCAAUAGGAAAAAUCAUAAUCAGUUAAGGACAAUUGAGGCAGCAAGAUCUUUUAAGGGUGUUUUUGGCCAAAAAUAUCUCCACGAAAAUUUCAAAAUGCCAAAGACACUUCGCGAUAUGCUAGUCAAUAUGAAUAGAAAUGUAAAUUGUGAAGAAGAAAAGGUGAACAAGUUUCAAGUAUUUGGGAUUUUACAUCUCGGAUUAAGGGUUCAGGCUACUAGGAUGUGGUGUGCUGGUGGAUCAACAACUAUUUUCUAUAAGGACCCCAAUGUCAUUGUGAAGAAUAAUUUGAAUAUCAUAAUGAACAGUACAAAUUCUGAGUCAGAAGAUGACUUAUAUAAUGAGCUUAUGGGAGUUAAUCAAUCUUCCCGAUCAUCUAUGUCGAGUUAUUAUUUUGCUGCUGAUAAUAAAAAGAAGGCCAAGUCAACGAAAAAGAGUUCUGUGAAAAAGAGAAGACGUCAAUGUCAGUUAUAUGACAAAAAACCUCCAGAACUGAGACCUGAG